AUGAAGGGGGCCACCGUAGCUGAUGCUCAGACCCCUCGUUGUGAAUUAGUAGAGGUGCCGAGCUCUCCUCCCCGACCUCAGGAGCAACCGAUCCCUGAGGUAGAGGUCGUCGCUCCUGCUCCUCAGCAAAUCGAGCUUCCGCUUCUCCCACCUUUUCCGAUCUCUUCCAAUGUGGAAGGGGAGGCCUCGGGUCCUACGGUUAGGACACUUUCCCGGGGGGCUCAACUCCUGAUCCAAUCGCUGGAAAGGAACCGCUCUACAAGAGAGAAUUCCGGCCUGGCCAAAGUCAUGGGAGCUUCCAUCUGCUUUCAAGAAGAUCAAAACAGGUUGGCAGAGGAGAGCAUCGAUGAUAUUUUAGCUCAGACAAUGAGCUUGGGCUUGGAGGCCAUCGCAAAUAAGCACGUAAUCAGAGAGAAAGCCCACGCCUUAAGGAAGGAGAUCCUUAAGGCGGUCCAGGACGCCUUAGCUGCGCAAGCUCAACUCUCCUCUGCUAAUGACUACAUCGCCGGAAUGGAAAAUCGGAUGAAACAUUAUGAGGAGAGGAUAGCGGAGGUGAAGCGGGAACUUGAAGACUCCCGAGUUGGUCGGUCUGCCGAUCUCGCUCGUUUUGUUGAAGACCUUCGGGCGAAGGAGGAAGAUCUCCGAGCCAAAGAGGAGGAGCUCCGAGCCAAGGAUGAGGAAUUUAUAAUCCCAAACAAAAAAAUUUCAGAGUCAAAACAAAUGCAGCAACACUAUACGCCAGCAUAUGGUAAACUAAGAGGAGAACUGGUAUACCUUUCUUCUCCUAGUGAAAAGAUACACAUAAAUGAAAUUAUUGAUGAUCAGUGGCGCAAUAUAUGCAUAAGGAAGUUAAUUAACACAAGGACCACACCUGCUGCAUAG